ACCAGUGGCCGGACGCGUCUGUGUCCAUGUCUUCGUCCCCUCGAGGAGCAGCAAACUGAUGUCAAGCCUGUCGGUGGAACUUUAACUGGUCCACUUGGCCUCAGCAGCAGUUAUUCAGAGGGUUGCAAAAGUCUUUGGAGCUCUGGACGCGAGGUGUGAGUGCAUGGAAAUUGGCGUGCAUUUGCGCAAAGUUACCAGUAGGUUGAUAUUUUCUAAAAGAAGCAAUAGAGAAUAAACACUAGAGCACCUGAGCCGUGCAAAGGUUAAUCCGCUUUUGUCCUGCACCUGACGACGACUCUCAAUCUGCUGCGUCGCAGGAGAAGUUUACUUUGCAAGUUCCAGAAAAUAGGAGAUGAGCGUCCAAGAGAAGUCGAUUCAGAGCAAUGGUGUUGCAGUCAUGGAUGGUAAAGCUGAGAGCAUCUCUAUCCAGAAGGCACCGCCAGACUGCAAGAACUUGAAGACUCACUCCCCCCUGGUCAACGGAGGAGCCUCCACAGCCGAGUUCUGUGAAACAUCUGAGCUGGAGGAAGCCGCUGAGGGACCUUCACUGGAAGAGCCCAAGGCAGUUCCCUUGUUGAGGGCGAACGGACCGGCCCUGCUGGCCCCGGCGGACCAGCUAUGGAGCACGAGCAGAGACAAGGCAGUCAGGCUGAGGAUGGAGGGCUCGGGUCCGGCCUCAGAGACGCCCAUGACGGUGCACCAGCUGUUCCUGGAGACGGUGGAAACGCACGGGGAUCAUCCAGCCUUGGUCUCCAAAGAAGGGGGCCAGUGGGUGACGCUGACCUGGAGGCAGUACUACGAGCAGUGCCGGGCAGCCGCCAAAAGCUUCCUCAAGUUGGGGCUGGAGCGUUACCACGGCGUCGGGAUCCUGGGAUUCAACUCCCCCGAAUGGUUCAUCUCAGACGUCGGCUGCAUCUUUGCCGGGGGUCUGGCAACUGGAAUUUACACCACCAACUCGCCCGAAGCUUGUCAGUAUGUGGCGGCCAACAGUGAGGCCAACGUCCUGGUGGUGGAGAACCAGAAACAGCUGGACAAAGUCCUGCAGGUGAAAGAUCAUCUACCUCACCUGAAAGCCAUUGUCCAGUAUAAAGGCGAACUGCAGCAGAAGGAACCAUUCCUGUACACGUGGGCGGAGUUCAUGAAGCUGGGAGAGGAAGUGCCCGACGAGCAGCUGAAUGCCGUGAUUGACAGUCUCCGUGCCAACGAGUGCUGUACUCUUAUAUACACCUCUGGAACCACUGGCAACUCCAAAGGAUGCAUGUUGAGCCACGACAACCUGACAUGGACGGUCCGCACGGCCUCUUCGAUGCUCACCUUGAAGCCCGCUGAGGAGGUGCUGGUCAGUUACCUGCCGCUCAGCCACGUGGCGGCUCAGCUGGUUGACAUGUGGUUGUGUGUUUCUUUUGCCAUGACCACCUACUUUGCAGAUCCAGACGCCCUCAAGGGCUCGUUGGUGAACACGCUGAAAGAGGCUCGUCCGACUUGUUUCCUGGGGGUUCCUCGGGUGUGGGAGAAGAUGCAGGACAGUAUGAAAGCCAUCGGUGCCAAGGCGUCCCCAUUGAGGCGGACGGUGGCGCUCUGGGCCAAGUCCAAAGGGCUGCAGUACAACUACAGUGUCAUGAACGGGGAGAAUGUGGUGCCCUGGGGCUUCAUGUUGGCCAACAAUCUGGUGUUCAAGAAGGUCCGCGCUGCGCUGGGAUUAGACCGCUGCAAGUUGUGCUUCACAGGCGCCGCCCCCAUAACCAAAGACACUCUGGAGUUCUUCAUGAGCCUGAACAUGCCUUUGCUGGAGCUGUACGGCAUGAGUGAAAGCUCCGGCCCACACACCAUCUCCACCGACACCCAUUACCAAAUCGCAAGCUGUGGAAAAGUGAUGCCGGGCAGCAGGACGAAGCUGGAGAACCCGGAUGAGGACGGGAGUGGAGAGAUAUGUAUGUGGGGCCGGCACCUCUUCAUGGGCUACCUGGACAUGCCGGAAAAAACAGAAGAGGCGCUCGACCAGGACGGCUGGCUGCACUCUGGAGAUGUGGGACGACACGACCAGAACGACUUCCUGUUCAUCACAGGAAGGAUCAAAGAGCUGAUCAUCACUGCAGGAGGAGAGAACGUCCCCCCCGUGCCCAUCGAGGACUCGCUGAAGUCCGAGCUGCCCAUCGUCAGCAACGCCAUGUUGGUCGGAGACAAGCUGAAGUUCCUCUCCAUGCUCCUCACGCUCAAAUGCGUGGUGGACGACGCGGGGGAGCCCACGGACCAGCUGAGUCCCGAGGCGCUGGCCUUCUGCCGGCAGCACGACGUCACGGCCACCAAGGUGUCCGAGAUCAUCGCCAGCAAGGAGCCGGCGGUCUACACGGCCAUUCAGGAAGGCGUGGAGCGCGCCAACGCCAGAGCGACGUCCAACGCCCAGAAGAUCCAGAAGUGGGUGAUUCUGGAGCGAGACUUCUCCAUCGGUGGGGGCGAACUGGGACCGACCAUGAAACUGAGGAGGCCCAUUGUGGUGAAGAUGUACCAGGAGAAAAUAAAUGAACUGUAUGCAGUGAACACGGCAGCACAGUAGAUUCUACAUCGCAGAGACUGUAUAAUGUACAAAUCUCUUUUCACCUGAAUGUUAAAACUGCAAAAGAGGUUUGAAUGAUGUUGUAUUUAAUGGAACAGAUGUUUCUGCUAGGUGUCAAUAUGCGCCGAUUGUCUGUUUCAGGUCGAUAUUUAAGCUGUCGCGUGUUCCUAAGCUGUCACAGAAGCUGAGCACGUUUUGUAAAUAAAUUAUCCUCACCAGAGCCAAAUCGUGCCAUUUCCUCGUGGCACACAGGUACAUUGUAUGCUGCCACACCGGAAAAGACGCCGGAUGGUGUCAGUCAUCAUUUUUAUAGUUUAUGAAGGAACUCUUGUGAAACCACUGUCUUCUUUGUUUGUUCUGUUGUUUUUGUUGUAAGAAACAACAGCUGGUCGGUCUCAAGCUUUGAGAUGAUCCUCAUGCAUGGAAACAGCAGACAUGACCUCUGAGGACUGGAACUGUUAAUAAAAGAGAUGAGAAUCCAAUCCAAUCACGUGCAAUAAAGUGUGAAUUGUAAAGCAUCCCUUUAAAUUGUUGCUUCUCCAUGUACAGUUUGACAAAUAGUGAACUGUUUUUAUGUGAUGAAUGCGCAUGAUUAUCAAUAAAGUGAUUAACAAAG